UACGUGCUUUCGUUCUAAUAUUUUUUAAAAAGUCUGAUAAUGUAUUCAUACACAAAAAAGUAGAUUAGACAUGACGUUAUGUAAAGUAUUCAAGUAGCAGUGUAAGGAUAGAGCUUAUUAAUUAUUAUUAGUAGUAUUAUUUGCAGAUAAUAGUUCGUUUGAAAUAGUGAAAACUCAGGGAAACGUCAUACUUGGACACUUCAGUUUGUUUUGUUUUUGAGACUCGGAAGCGUCUCUGCCGGUUUCUGUAAUUUUUUUGUCAAUUUGAGCAUAACGCAUCAUCUUUUUUUUUCUUUUAUCAAGAUGAUUGAGGUGGUGGCCUCCAUGGCUCGGGGGCCUGUGUUUCUGACUGGAGAGGUGCUGGAGUGCCUCAUCACCUUCACUAAUCCAAUGUCUCAUCUCUCCACUAGUGCAAGCAGUGAGAUGCUUGCGUGGGCCAGUGCUCAGAUCCACUGCCAGUCCCACGCCAGUGAGAGCCGUGUGGCUCUGCCCACUCAGGGCACCAAACAGGAUGUGCAGGCAGAGAAUGACACUGUGCUCAUACCCAGCAGAGGAGAGCGAGGCCAGUGCAUGCUGGACACUCCGCCCAAGAUCCUAUUCUGUGACCUGCGGCUAGACCCCGGAGAGAGCAAAACCUACACCUACAGUGAGCUCGUCCCCACGGACGGCCCUCCUAGUUUCCGUGGUCAGGCAGUGAAAUACGUAUACAAGCUGACAAUUGGCUGUCAGAGGGUCAACUCUCCAAUCAAGCUGCUGCGUGUUCCUUUCAGAGUGCUCGUACUGCAUGGCAUGCCCGAGCCCCCUUUCCCGCAGGAUGAGGAAGUGUCACCCACAAACCCCUUCCUGGAAGAGGAGGAGGGAGGAAGAAGGGACACGAGACCACUAGAGCGAGCACUAGACAUGCUGAUGAUCACUACCUCACGCCGCUGUCCACAUCUGUUUAAUAUCACUAACAUGCGAGGGAAGGUGGCCAAAUUCUGUAUCUUUAAGACUGUGUACAGACUAGGAGAGGAUAUCAUUGGCACAUUUACCUUUUCAGAAGGAGAUAUCCCAUGUCUACAGUACUCAGUGAGUCUGCAGAGUGAGGAGGAGGUCCAUGAGCAAUAUCAGAGGCGACCAGCUCAGGCGGUCAGUGUCACGAGUCAUGGCCGGCAUCUGGAGUCCUGCCUCCACACAGCUUCCAGCCACUUCUCCCUGCCUGUUCCUCUGAACGUUACGCCCGGUUUCAGCACUGACAUUGUAACCCUAAGAUGGCGUCUACACUUUGAAUUCGUCACAGCAAGAGAGCCAGUGGAGCUGCCUACUGUUCUUCAGAACCAAUCAGAAGUGACCGUAUGGACUGGGGCAGAGCAGGUGGACGUGGACACCUUCAGCUGGGACCUGCCAGUCAAAGUACUUCCCACCAAUCCGGCACUGGCUUCAUAUGUUUCACAGUUCACAGGGACGAAUAGUAUCAAUAUCUGAAUUGUGUGUGUGUGUGUGUGUGUGUGUGUGUGUGUGUGUGUGUGUGUGUGUGUACACGUGUGCAUAUGCAUGCAUGUUCUGGUUUUCCUUUAUCUGGAUUUCCAGAUCAAAAACCAGCAGCAUCAUGUAUCUGGUCUUUUAUUUGUUUUAUCUUGUGUGUGUGUGUGUGUGUGUGUGGACCUGAUUUUAACAUUUCACACAUUAACAUGGGACCUUUUCCAUAUUUAUUGUAUUCUAGCCUGGCAAGCUAAUGUAUAUGAUUUUUACAUUAAGAGUUGCUUUGGGUUUUUUUUUUGUUUUUUUUACAUAUAUAUAUAAAAGUGCUUUUCCGUUCAGUGUGUAUUUCUCUACACGUAACAAGCGGACACAUUCUCUAUUACAGUUAUUAACAGUGUUUUGAACUCUCUGCAAAUAAAAAGAGUGAAAUCAUAGAGAAAAGUAUUUUGUUAUUUUCCCCACCACCAUUAACAGACAAGGGGUUACUUUUAAUAUAUUUUAUUUAGGUAAAUAUGAAAUGGUACACGUGAAAAUAAAACUGUAAUACAUAUAUUGUUGAAGGUGCAAAGCUGGAUAUUUACAAUAGUGCAUUGGGUAAAAUGAAUGUAUCAUGACCAUGCUAUUUGAGUAGAUAAGUGUGAUUAAAUCAAUGUAAUCAGUGUGAAGGAUGAGGAAGUACCACUCCAAAACAGCACAUGUACUUCAAGAAGAAUUUCCAGGCUAUAAGUGCUGACUGAGGAUUAGUGAAUACUACAGAUGAAUGACCUGUACCUAGACUAACAGUCUUUUGCAGUUAUUACCAGAUUUGUUCUCCAGAAGGUUCUUUCAUCACUCCAUAGCCAGGCAAGAUAUAAACCCAGUAUGUUUUAUUAAAGCAGGGGACAGACAUGACCCCCGGACAAGAGCAGCACAUGACCAACCACUUUGUUUAACUUUCAUGGUUAUAAAAAGCAAAUUAGUUAUUG